CCGACUUUUAUCCAUAGACAAAUUUUUUUUCCCCCGUCAGAAUGCAGCUCAUCGUCUCUUCCGCCUUUUUCUCCUCUGCAGCAGCGCAGGGUGCUUCUCCACAGCAUCAAGUCAGGCUUUUACAGGCUGUAAUGUGGUAGUAUCACUUGAAGUUGAAGGGACUUAGUGAUGCAAAGGAACAGCUAGGAUUUGGCCAACUCGGUACAUAAAGCUCAUUGAAGAUUGAACUCAGCUAUAAUAGAUGAAGGAAAAACAAUGACAGAAAUGAAUAAUCAGCGGAAUGCAAGUGCAAUGUUUCCAUCAUUUACAAACCCGUUGCUGUCAUUUGAUUUCCUAAUUAAUAUUCCCAAAAGGUUUCAAAACCAUUUAGAGUCAGUGAAAAGCAACACAAAAGAUGUCAGUCCUGUUCCACCCUUGGAGGCCACUUUGGAGAAGCAGCUUCAAGUGUGGAAAGAAAAUCCUGCUUGGGUUGAUUGCCAUCCACAGAUUGAGGUUAGUGUACCAAAAGGUUCUCUUUGCAACCUGAAUGUUGAGUUCGAGAUCGGCUUGCCUCCUGAUGCAGUAUUUAACAUCCUUACAGAUCCUGAAAACAAGAGGGUGUUCAAGAACAUUAAGGAAGUCAUUUCAAGAAAGGUGCUGAUAGACGAGGGACCAAGGCAAGUGGUUGAAGUGGAACAAGCUGCUGCAUGGAGAUUCUUGUGGUGGUCUGGUGUAUUUUCAGUACAUGUUCUAGUUGACCAGAACAGGAAAGAUCACACGGUAAGUUUCAAACAAGGGAAAUCAGGCUUCAUGGAAAGAUUUGAAGGUGCAUGGAAACUGAAGCCAUUGUUUGUUGAUAAACAUGUUUGUCUACCUUUUGAGCCAAAAACUUAUGUCGAUUAUGAAAAAUGUACGGGAAGAAAAGGAAGGAUAGGGUCGGUUGUUUGUUUGCAGCAAUUGAUUCAGCCAACGCUUGUCCCUCCUCCACCCAUUUCGUGGUACUUAAGGGGUAUUACCACUAAAACGACUGAAAUGCUAAUACAUGACCUAUUCGCAGAGGCAGCAAGAAUAAGGAAUGCAGAUUAUUCCAAUUCUAUCGAUGAGCAUAAGGCCAAUGAUUUGGUGAUUCAUAAAUCAAAAGCGACUGAUGGUAAUAUUAAAGACAGAUGGAGGAAGCAAAGGAGAACGGCGAGGUUGCGCAGAGGGCAUUUAGGAUUCCUAGGCUAGUCUAAAGCCGCGACGUUCAUUUAAGUCCAUGGCAACCCAAGUUCAUUAUUUCUUUUACCAACAUUUGAGUGUGUCAUCAAUUGUGUAAGGAAACUUUGUAUAUUGAUAUGACGUAAAAAUGGUCGUCAGGUUGCGUGUUUCGAUUUUCUUGCAAAUGGAAAGAUUUUGCAAGACCAA